AUGUCUUCGGUGCUAUUAACGGAUGCCAAACGAGCGGUGAAAUUGCACCGUGUCCGAGCUCCGUUCCUACGCGCCGCGAACUACCGUUGCGUGACGUCACUCGACCGAGACAGCUCUACCGUCGGGGCGGCGAGUGACGCAAAAACAACUCUCCAAAUAGGGCGGUCACAUGUGGCGAAACAUCGACGCGGACGGCCGUCGGGCCCCGGAGCUGUAGCAGGGAUUUGGAGACGCGUCCGCUUUUGGGUAAUCUCGCGCGUCAAGAUGGCGGCGCGUCGCUGUCAG